CACUGCUAUAUCAUGUUCGCUAAUUUGGGUUUGAGAAAAGGCGCAUGGACUGCAGAAGAAGAUAUCCGUCUGAGGCAGUGCAUUGGCGAGCAUGGACAAGGAAACUGGCACCAAGUUCCUCUCAGAGCAGGUUUAAAUAGAUGCCGGAAAAGCUGUAGACAGAGGUGGUUGAACUAUCUACGACCCAAUAUCAAGAGAGGGAACUUCUCAACAGAUGAACUGGAUCUAAUGAUCAGACUCCAUAAGCUCUUAGGAAACAGAUGGUCGUUGAUUGCCGGAAGGCUUCCGGGAAGAACAUCUAAUGAUGUGAAGAACUAUUGGAAUACACACAUGCACAAAUACGUGGAAGAAAAGCCAGUACUUGACGUGAAAAAAGUGAGCGUAAUAAAACCUCAACCCCGCCGGGUCUUGUCCAAAAAUCUAACUGUGUUAAAUGGGAAACCUACAAUAAGAGAAAUCAGCUUUCGACCAAAGGAUGAUGUUAGAAAUUACAUUUCUCCAACAGUGAUGUCGUCUGAGAAUAAGUUUAAAAGGUCGACAGUGCAGUUAGAAACCUUCGAAGGCAACGAAAGAACUACAUGUCCAAUAAGUGAGCUUGAUGAAGAGCCAAAUCUUUGGUGGAAAAACCUGUUAGAUGACUGCGAAGGUGAUGUUCAUAGAGUCACAUAUGCAUGCACCAUAAGUGGACUUGAUGAAGAGCCGAAUCUUUGGGGGGAAAACCUGUUAAAUGACUGUGAAGGUGAUGUCCAAAGAGCCGCAUAUACCAAAAGUGGGUUUGAUGAUCAAGACCUGAAUAUUUGGGCGGAUGAAACGUCAUUACUUACCAAAGCACAUGACUUAGUUGGGGCCACUUUUGAUGGGGAUGGCUCGAGUUGCACUACUGGGGCUGAUCAUUUCCCUUUCGACAAUGGUCUCUGGGAUUUUCUCGAUUAA